GAUGACCAUCUCAACGGCAGGUCCGUUGAUGUGCAGUGGGGUGUGGGCCAUUGAGCUCUUCCUGAAGUUAACAACCAUCUCUUUAGUCUUCUGAACAUUUAGAGACAGGUUGUUAUUCUGACACCAGUCCACCAGGUGUUGUACCUAAACUCCACGAUGUAAGAUAUUUUGUGCAUCUGUCAGUUUCCAGGAACAGUGAUCAGACAGAGUUAAUCUGAAACCAGCUAUAUAUGUGCAAACAGCUCCUUCUGAAUGGGACAAAAGCAGAAUUUGUGGAAGCAUGAUGUGGGAUGGAUAAACAACUACAAAACUCUAAUAUGGCCUCUAAUGAGCUGGACCUUCCUGCCCUCUCCGGUGACCCCCAGCCUGGUGACCUCAUUGAGAUUUUCAGACCAGCCUAUCAGCAUUGGGCUCUCUACCUGGGAGAUGGUUACAUCAUCAACUUAACUCCUGUUGAUGAGAGCCAGGCAGCCGCCAUGUCCAGUGUGAAGUCUGUCUUCAGCAGGAAGGCAGUGGUACGCAUGCAGCUACUGAAGGAGGUAGUGGGAAGUGAUUCCUACCGUGUCAACAACAAGUAUGACCACAACCACACACCCCUCCCUGUCUGUGAAAUCAUCCAGCGGGCACAAGUCCUCAUUGGCCAGGAGGUCUCUUAUGACUUGCUGGGGAGCAACUGCGAGCACUUCGUUACCCUUCUUCGUUACGGGGAGGGGGUGUCUGAGCAGGCUUCACGAGCCAUUGGGGCCAUCAGUUUGGUGACGGCAGCAGCCAGUGCCUUCUCUGUCCUGGGACUGAUCAACACACGGUCCAGAAACAGGCCUUUCUGACAGCUGUAGUCUUCACUAAAGUGUUUUCCCUAAAUUCAUUUGGCUGUGAUAAAAAAUAACAAAAUAAACACUGA